CACUGAGCAGGCGCCAUGGCUGCCGCACCGCCCCCCCCGCCGCCGCUGCUGCCGCUGCCGGCGCUGCCGGCGCUGCCGGCGGCCGAGGGCGCGGCCGCGGGCGCGCGCUCUGCGGGCGCCUACAGACCUUUCGAGCCGCAGGCGCUGGGGCUGAGCCCGAGCUGGCGCCUAACGGGCUUCUCGGAGCUCAAGGGCUGAGGCUGCAAGGUCCCGCAGGAGGCGCUGCUCACGCUCCUGGCGGGACUGGCGCGGCCCCUUGCGGCCCCGGCGCCCGAGCUCCUUCCCGCGCCUGACGGCAGCGGCGAUGGCGAGGAAGGGGCCGCUCCCGACGGCCCCAGCCCGGCUUCCCGGGCCCUGGGGAUAGGAAUGGAUUCUUGUGUGAUUCCCUUGAGACAUGGAGGUCUCUCACUUGUGCAAACCACAGACUUCUUUUACCCUUUGGUUGAGGACCCUUACAUGAUGGGGCGGAUUGCCUGUGCCAAUGUGCUCAGUGACCUCUAUGCCAUGGGCAUUACUGACUGUGAUAACAUGCUGAUGCUCCUCAGUGUCAGCCAAAAGAUGAAUGAGGAGGAACGAGAAAAGAUAAUGCCCCUGAUAGUCCAAGGUUUUCGGGAUGCUGCUGAAGAAGGAGGAACCUCGGUGACAGGGGGCCAAACUGUGAUAAACCCUUGGAUUAUCAUUGGAGGUGUUGCUACUGUGGUCUGUCAGCCUAGUGAGUUCAUCAUGCCAGACAAUGCAGUUCCUGGGGAUGUGCUCGUGUUGACCAAACCAUUAGGUACCCAGGUUGCUGUCAAUGCCCACCAGUGGCUGGAUAAUCCAGAGAGAUGGAAUAAAAUAAAGCUGGUGGUGUCCAAAGAAGACGUCGAGUUAGCCUAUCAAGAAGCCAUGUUUAACAUGGCUAUGCUGAACAGAACUGCUGCAGGAUUAAUGCACACAUUUAACGCCCAUGCAGCUACUGAUAUUACUGGCUUUGGAAUCCUGGGACAUGCUCAGAACCUUGCAAAACAACAGAGGAGUGAAGUGUCCUUUGUCAUUCAUAAUCUGCCCAUUAUUGCCAAGAUGGCAGCUGUCAGUAAGGCCAGUGGCCGUUUUGGGCUUCUCCAAGGAACAUCAGCAGAAACCUCAGGGGGGCUGCUGAUCUGUCUGCCUCGGGAGCAAGCAGCUCGAUUCUGUGCAGAAAUCAAGUCUCCCAAAUAUGGAGAGGGUCAUCAGGCCUGGAUUAUUGGCAUUGUGGAGAAAGGCAACCAGACGGCGCGGAUCAUCGACAAGCCACGCAUUAUUGAGGUGAUGCCCCGAGGAGCCACUCUUCAUCAUGACAAUGCCAAUACCAGCCCCGAGCCUGCUUCAUGAAAUGGACCGCUCCUUUGGACCUCUUGGAGACCUUUGGAAACAAUCAUGAAUGACUCUUAAGAACUACUUAAUGACUUGUUUGGGAGAAGGGGAAAUUUCCAAAGAAACCUGAUCAAACAGUAAAAUCACUGCUAAAUGAGCUACUUGUUCUAAUGAGACAGUUAAGGAAAAUAGCUGCUUUUACAUGAGUUUCAAAUGAAUUCAUCAUGUUCCACAUUUUCUACUUUAUGGAUAAGUCUGGCCCAUAGUUGCCCUUUCCAGAAGCAAGAGAAGGCUUCUAUUUUUCUCACAACUGGGUUCCUGCAGAGAGUACUUGUAGGUUGAACAGAUUCACAUGUAAGAAAUGAGGUUAUUUAUUGAAGGGAUACUUUGACAACCACUUAGAUCAUUAGGGAAUAAGGCUGAAACAAGAACUCUGCUAAACCUGUAAUGGGAGACAUGAUGUGCUCAGAAGUUAUUUAUGGGCUGUUUUUACCCCUGAAGCUAUUGGUUCCUCAUUCUGGUCAAGAAUUGAGCGACUUGUCCGGAAGUGGGGAAGCAGGCCCUGUACCAGCACAGGCCUUGGCUCUGUUUAUGAUGCUUCUCCCAUAAACCUCUUUGAGGGCUGGAAGAAGCUGAGCAGAUCCCCAGAGCCCAGGCCUUGGCCUUGUUCAGUUUAUGUAGAAUCUUAGGCUAGCAAUUCCUGCUGACUUCAUCAAUAAAAAGGCUCAUUUCUCAGUUA